AUGGAUGCCAAAGUCUCUUGCUUCAACAAAAAAAUCGUUUCUUUUUCGUUACUAUACGAUUGGAUUUGUUGGAAAAUCAGUCCUCUGCGAUUAUUUGCAAUCACCGUAUGUGCAAAUGAAAAAGUAGUUUCUGAUGUGCAAAUAUCCAUGAAUUGCCGUCUCUUGCCAUACCAUUUGAAAAAGAGACAAAAACUAGAAGAAUCUUUUCCAGAGCAAAGUUUGGUCUCUCAAAAAAACGGUCAAGAUGGCACACCCAUGGAUGAUUCCGAUGAUGAUGAUGAUGAAUCAUGGAAAUAUUUGCCUAUGGUGUGCGAACAAUGUGAUGCGACCAUUCCUAUUCUAUCGGAACAUGAAAAAAGAUUGGAUUUAUGUGGUGACCUGAUGGAUCUGUACUCGGUUGAUAUUCAACUAAAAAGGAAUGCAUUUGAAAAAAUGCCACCCUUUGAUUCAAAGGAUGAUCAAUUCCCUCCACCAGUACCAUUAAUUGCCGAAAUCAAUCAUCGACUCGUCAAAUUUGACCAACCUGAGUCACCCCACGUGGAGAUUUUUCUACACGAGGCUCUCAACACCACCUCGAUAGCACUCAACAGUAACAGGUCAGGAAUUGCACCCUCCAUGCGGAACCUAUUCAAUCUUAUUAAAACUACAUCCGAUCCCUCGAUGCAAUUUAGAAUUCGUGAUGCAUAUCCCUUUGUCCACGACUCGUCUACUGGCGGAUUUGAAAAUGAAAUCAAACAUGAAAUCAUGGUGAAGGAAUUAAUGAAGCAUUUUUCAAUGACAACGUCCAAGCUCAUUAUUGUUUGUGGACAAUUCCCUUGCAAGGCAGCCAAAGAGGCUUUUAAUGCCAAUCCUUUGGAUUACGAAAUGGUUGACUAUAGUCAAGAAUCUUAUCACACCAUUUUAGAUAAAGCCAAAGGCACAACCGAGGACAAAGAGGUGGAUGUAAGUAGGAUAAUUCCUAAAAGGCUCAUUGCUAUCGCCCCGCAUCCAUCAGUCAUGUUUGCGUUGCACAUAACAGCAGCCUAUAUUUUGAUUGCUCAUGAUAUCUACAAAAUGGCUCCAAAGGUAUCUCAAUUUGACCCAGUUCAAACAUUUAAAUCGAAUUCCCCCUCGUCUGCCUCGUCCUCCUUCUCCUCCACGUCCUUAUCAUCCACGUCAUCUUCAUCAUCUGCCUCGUCAUCUUCAUCAUCUGCCUCGUCUUCCUCGUCUGCCUUGUCCCCGUCCUCCUCGUCCUCCUCCACGUCCUUAUCAUCCACGUCAUCCUCAUCAUCUGCCUCGUCUUCCUCGUCGUCCUUAUCAUCCACCUCCUCUUCAUCAUCCUCCCCUUCGUCCUCCAAUCAAAAUACCACCAAACGCCCAAAUCUAAGUAACAAAACAAAAGAUUUUCCUAAACUUAAACAAUGGACGUUGGAACAUCUAGUUGAAGAGGCCACAUCCCGUAAAAUCGACGUAGAGAAUAUCAAAGAAGAUCGUCUUCAAGUGGAAUGUGUUUUGUUGAAAUCGGUCCUUGGGGUUCAAAUAUGGUCAGAACAAAAAAUUGAACAGUUUGAUCUAGAGAAAUCAAACUCGAAAAAAGAUAUACUGACCUAUGCGAGAGAAAAAAAUAUCCCUUUGACAGACUAUUGGUUCUUCAUGACGUUGGAAACCCUCAAAAAAGCCGUGCAAAGGUGUCUCGCUUCCACCUCGUCCCCAUCUCCGUCCUACUUGCCCACCCCUUCCUCACCCUUGACCGAUAUCUCACUCCCCUCUUCCCCAUCCUUGACCGAUGCCCCACCCACUUCAUCCUCAUCCGAUACCUCAACUCCACCCUCUUCCACCGAUACCUCAUCCUUGACCGAUACCUCAACCACCUCAUCCGAUACCUCAACUCCACCCUCUUCCACCGAUACCUCAUCCUUGACCUAUACCUCACUCCCCUCACACUCAUUCUCCUACUCCUCCUACUCUAAACCUUUUGUAAAAAAUGAAAAGUGCGUUUACAAAGAUGAAGAGAAACAUAUAAGAGCAAAGAGAGAUUUUUAUCACUCUGGAAUGUGUAGAAGGCGCCGAAGCAAAUGGAAAGUUAUGAGGGAAAACAACUGUGGCAAUUAUCUUUAUAUCGGAAUUGAUCCUGGAAGGUCAAAAUGUACGAUUGUAGACUCUAUGAAUCGUGCUCGAGUGGUUUCAGUGGCAUCUUAUUACAACCUCAUGGGCACUGACCGUCUUCUGGCAAGACAACAAAACUACAAAAAGAACCCGGUCCUGUCCAAAUUUGAAAGUGAAUUGCCACCCUAUAAUACCUUUGAUACUUUAUUCAAUGUAGAAUCUGUAUUGAGACGAAUAGAGUAUGAAAGAAUUACCCAUAGGGAUCAAUGUCGUCUUUAUUCCCAUGUAGUGACGUCCUAUACGUUUCAGACCAUGGACAAGAACAGGAACAUUGACAAGAAGCGCGCCCAAUAUGCCUAUGCAAAGAGCUUUGUACCACCAACAACAAUCCCGAAAAAUAGAAUAGUGAUUUAUAUUGGAGGGUCUGAUUUUUUCCGUGGAUCCCGAGGUGGUGGUAGAACUGGUUGUACAUCAAAGACACUACUCAGACUGUUUUUGAAUAUGGGUUACAAGGCACGUCUUGUCAAUGAAUUUAAUACCUCCAAAAUUCAUAAUGCAUGUGCCUCCAAAAUUCAUUCUACCAACAACAACAAGUUCCUAGAAAAAGCUAAACACCAAAAGGUUAAAAAUGUGUUGCCAGAAUCUUUUGAAAAGACCCAUGUUGUUGGUGCACCCAUAUCCUCCACGUUUUCAGACAAUGGUGUUCGUUGGCAAGGAAAGGAUUCCAAGUUAUGUGAUGGUUGCAAAUUGACUGAUUACAAUUGUCAAUGCUCCAAGGCUCAAUUGGCGGACAAAGAGAAUGAUUCAACUCUGAAAGUGUCUCAAUUGGCAGAUGAUAUGAAUGAAACUCUAAAAGUAUUCAUAUCACUUGAAAAUACUUCACCUUCUCCAACUAUGCUAUUGGAAUCCCUUUUCUCUUUAAGCAAAAAGACUGUCAAGGAGUUGAUAGAGUUUUGCAAUCUAAACUCUAUCAAAUACAAUCAACAAGAAGAGCCAACCAAAGGGAAAAACAAAAGAGGUUCUCACAAGGAUAGUAAGGGUGGUGCUACCAACAGCAAAAAGGACCAACUUAUCAACGCUAUCAUCAAGUUUAAUUUUGAAAAACAAAAAAGGGAUGCUAGCAAAAAUAAGAAAAAGAGGUCAAAAUCGUCAUCAACUACUAAUGAUCGUUGUAAGGACCAAGAUCAAAGCAAUAGUCAAAAGGAUGGGAACAAGUCUACAAGCAACUCUGUUUCGACCCACGAUUAUGGUUUUGGUAAGUCUCUUUGUGAUAGUCAGAUCAAAGAUCUCUGGAAGUCAAUGAACCCAAAUGCGACAGAAAUGCCAUUUAAAACUAAAUGGCAAUGGCUAUAUUGUCCAGUUUGUGAUCAUUUCUUCAACAGAGACACGAGCGCUGCAAAGAAUAUUCUCUUAUUGGGAAUCUUACACCAAACCGCAGAUUACAGGCCAUGGAUUUAUCGUCCUUUACCUGCCGAUAUCGUGCAUAUUGGGAGGAUAGGUAGAUAUAUAGAUAUUAUGAAUAUUAAUCCUUUAGUUUUGAGAAUACAUUAUCAUGUAUUAGGUCAUUGUGAAACUAAAUCUGUCAUACCACCAAUCUUAAGUUUCAUUUUCUAA